AUGGCGGCUAUCGAUGCAAACAGUGGCAGCUAUGCGCCGGAGAUAAUUGGGUACGCAGAGCCUUGGAUAGCCGCACCAGGGGACUCAGUCGCCAUUAAAAUUUCAUGCACAGAGUCCGAGUAUAAACAUCGUACAGUUCGUCUGAUUCAGGGUAUCGACAUCGACCACUCUCCAGAGAAGGCCGAGGAAGAAGUCCUAGAGAUCCCUCGUGGUCAUCAGAGGGGAAGAUUUCAGACAGCCCAACAAGGUUCAUACGGGAGCAUCCCCAACUGGGGCGCCCCAAACAUGGCAGAAGGCCUUCGGGUAUCAUUCUAUAUGCAGCCGUGGAUGGUUGAAUGUUCUCAUGCACAAACUCUGAUUUCCACGUUAGAUCCGAUCACAAAUACUGGCUUCUCUAUCACUUUGAACACUAGUGGAUCAUUGGAUGUUCAUAUUGGAACGAAGCAGGGAGUCGAUGUCAUCCGCACUGAGCUGAGACCCCAGAACAAAUGCUGGUCGAAGGUCAAGGUUUUAUUCACGGGUCAGAGACUUCAGGUCAAAUUAGUGCAUUUACCUUUCAGAGUCGAGCCGGUACCACCCCCUGCGGUAUUCGAGCAAAUACUGGACAAGACAACGACAGUGUUAAGUCCGAAUCCUCUUUUAAUCGCAGCGACUAAGGCCAUAUCUUCUCGCAGCGGUCCAGGUUGCCAAGGACCGCAUGUCACCGAGGUUUUCAAUGGCCGCAUUGACCGCUUGAAGUUAAAAACACACGACCAAAGACGUUUGGUCCUCGCUGAAUACGACUUCUCUCUGAACAUGGCGGGCGACCAGAUUGUUGAUGUGUCUGGCCGAGCUCAUCAUGGCGUCUUGAUCAACGCACCAACUCGUGCCGUUAAGGGCCGCGAUUGGGACGGCUCAGAAUGUGACUGGACCCGAGCAAAAUCUGGCUACGGUGCCAUCCACUUUCAUGACGACGACAUGGAUGAUGCUCAAUGGGACACGGAUUUUGUCAUCACCAUUCCUCGUACAGCUCGAUCAGGCGCGUACGCGGUUGAGGUAGAAACGGUCAAUGGCUUAGACAAGGACUCCAUCACCUUUUUCGUAAGGCCAAACUCCUGGACAUCCGAUAAUUCUAGCAAAGUCUGCCUCGUCUUUUCAACAUUCACGUACCUCGCUUACGCCAAUGAACGGCUGUAUGACACGACCCGCCAGAACACUGCCGACCUUGGGCCGGGCUUUGAUAUCAAUAAGUGUUUGAAGAGCGCAGAGUUUGAUAAGAUGCGCCACCGUAGUGACUUGGGGCUAUCUUGUUACGACCGACACAACGAUGGCUCUGGUGUCUGCUACUCCUCUGCUAAACGUCCCAUUCUAAACGUCCGUCCAGGUUAUAUAAUGUGGGCGUUUUCCCGCCCGCGCGAGUUCUCUGCAGAUCUUAUGAUGGUCGGAUUCCUAGAGCAACAGGGGAUCCCUUAUGAGAUUAUAACGGAUCAUGACCUACACAUCCGUGGAGCCGCAGCACUUCACGGUUUUAAUACUGUUAUCACGGGCUCGCACCCCGAAUAUCCUACUCUCAAAUCUUAUAACGCCUACAACGCCUUCUCAAAAAGUGGCGGCAAUCUGAUGUACAUGGGUGGUAAUGGCUUCUACUGGGUGAGUGGCCUCGAUGAUAGCCGUCCGCAUCGAUUAGAAGUGCGUCGAGGCGAUACCGGAGUGCGCCCUUACAGUCUGCCCGGGGGGGAGCACGUGAAUAGUCUCGAUGGGCAGAGAGGGGGCCUGUGGAGAUCCCGAGGUAUGAGCUGCAAUACACUGUUCGGAGUAGGCUUUUGCGCCCAAGGAACUGGCCUUGGUGUACCGUACAGGCGUACUGAAGCCUCCAGGGACCCCAACCUCUCUUGGAUGUUUGACGGUAUAGAGGGAGACCUCAUUGGAGAGUAUGGAUUCGGGGGAGGCGCCUCGGGUGACGAAAUCGAUCGGUAUGAUGUGAGAAAUGGCAGCCCCAAGGACGCUUUGGUGUUAGCCACAAGCACAGGUCACAGUGAUGAUUUUGGCAUUGCGAUCGAGGACCUCAGCUAUCCCGCAUUGAACACACUGGGAACACAGACGAAGCUGAUCCGUAGCGAUAUCGUCUAUUACGUCGGCUCCGGAGGCGGUGCAGUCUUCAGCGUAGGCAGCAUCAAUUGGUACUGUUCUUUGGCGUGGGAUAAGUACGACAAUAACGUGGCCAAGUUAACUGGAAAUACCAUCAAGGGGUUCUUAGCAGGUAACAGAUAA